CUCACAGACCCCAACACAAGAACCACCCUCUUCCACGCCAACCCGAUCAUCCAAUACCUCGUCGACCACUACGAGCACACAAAUACUCUGAGCACUACUGCUACCACCACGGAGAAACACCUCCUGAACCAAUGGCUGCAUCUCCAGACGACGCUGAGCUCCAGCCCCAGCCCCAACUCCCAAACCCACAACGUCCUGGCAACGCUGAACACCGCCCUGACGAAUCAACCCUGGCUCGUGGGCGAGCGCUGCAGCCACGCCGAUUUGGCGUUUUUACCGGGUCUCCACGGUCUUGCUUCUUCUUCCGGGGAUGAUGGCCUGGGAUUGGAGCUGAUGCGGGCGUAUCCGUUUGUCGCGGCGUGGGUGGGGAGGAUGGAGAGGAGGGGGGCGUGGGGGAGGGUUCUUGCUGCACGGGAGGAGGUGUUGCGGGAUGUGACUGCCAAUGCGGUUCGACCGGAAGAAGAAGGAUUGUUAGAUGGGGAGAGUGAGUGGGAGGAGCUUGAGGGGUGUUCUGUUGCUGUGGACCGCGUCGAGGAGGAUGAGGGGGGGUUGAGUGUUCAACCUGUGGUUGUUGAGGCUGUGGUGAGGACGGAUCAGGUCCAUGAUGACGAGGAGGAGAGAGAAGGGAUGAUGCCAUGCGCAGCUGGAUUUGCGCUGCAGAGAGUAUCCACAGCUCGCCAGGUGCUGGGCUACGAGCACCGCGACGAUGACAACGAUGACGAUGACGAUGAGAGGGAGGGCCUUCUCCCGUGUGCGGCUUUUAUGUUGCAUGCGCAUGCUCACGCAAUCCCGAGUCAAACGAGGAGCGGCGAGGACGAAGACAGAGAAGGAAUCCCCCCGUGCGGCGCCUUUGUCGCGCACGCGAAGCACCCAUCGAAUGUCACGACAGUCGUCGAGGAGGACAGUGAUGACGAUGAGAGGGAGGGAUUCCUCCCGUGCGGUGCCUUUGGGGCUCACGCGCAGUAUGCACCCUCUACCACUGCCGCAGAGGUCGACGGUGCCGAUGACGACGACGAUGAAAGAGAGGGCAUGCUGCCUUGCACUUUGAUCGGACUCCAUUCAGCGCAGCUACCCCCGAAGACGACAGUGGUCGAAAGCGAGAGUGAUAGCGACGACGAGAAGGAGGGGGUUCUCCCGUGCGGUGCCUUUGGGGCUCACGCGCAGCACGCACCCUCUACCACUACCCCAGAGGUCGAGGUCGAGGAUGAUGACGAUGAAAGAGAGGGCAUUCUCCCGUGCGGUGCAUUCAGCGCUCACGCGCAGCAUGCACCCUCCACCGUCGAAGCCGAGAUCAACAAUGACAAUGACGCCGACGAGAAAGAAGGCAUGCUCCCCUGCGCCGGGAUCGGGAUGCCGACGCCACACGCAACAUGCACAGCCGAGGAGGAUGAUUUCGAGCGCGAGGGCAUGCCUCCCUGCUCUCUGAUGGGGAUGGUAUACUAA